GGUCCACGUUGCCGGGCUAAAUAAAGGUGGGAUGGACACGUUCAUGGACAAUCUGCCCGGUUUCCCCGACAACAUCCGUCCCAGUUCGAGCGGAGGUUACUGGGUGGCCAUGUCUGCUGUGCGGCCAAACCCCGGCUUUUCCAUGCUGGACUUCCUGUCCCAGAGACCCUGGAUCAAGAAGCUCAUCUUCAAGCUCUUCAGCCAGGAGGUGAUGAUGAAGUUCGUCCCUCGGUACAGCCUGGUGGCGGAGCUCCAUGACGGCGGCAUCUGCACUCGGAGCUUCCACGACCCCAACGGCCUGGUGGCGGCAUACAUCAGCGAGGUCCACGAGUAUGCGGGGAGUCUGUACUUGGGUUCCUUCCGCUCGCCGUACAUCGCCAAACUCGACCUGAGCAAGGUCUAAAAAUAGACGAAUCUCCAGACGGACUUUUCUCAGUGUUCCUGAAGGAUUAGUGUGAAGUCUGAAACCGUGACACGGCAUUCGUCCUUAACGCUGGUGUCACGAGCGUGACGUGAAAUAAAACCCAUCACAGGUGGUUUGUCAAAGUGAAAUUUCUUUCUUUUCUUCAUGAGAUUAACACAAAAUUAGGUUGAAACAUUCGCAGUCUCAGUCAGAUAAAUCCAAAUAACAGGAACGCCCGGUACGUGGUGAUUAUUAAAGCUACUGUUCUGGUUCUGAAACCAGGGUCCAAGUGUCUAAAGAUGAAAUACCGAGCUAGGACCACGCUUACCUGCUCAAAAGACAAAAUCUCGUACUAACCGGCUGAAAAAUUUGCUUGCAGGCGAGUUUAAGCUAAUUAACUGGUUAGCGGAUUCACAGGUGAGUUCGUUUGCUAGCUUCCUUGUCAUAGCGCUCACUAGCUAGCUAGCUAGCACGAUCAGCAAAGCCCUGUAUUUAUAUUUAGCAGGCAAACUGGAGGAAUUCUGUACGCUGUAUUGUAGGUUCAACAUUACUUUGUUCUUGCCCGCUGGGACUCGGGUGAUAUUUCACUACCUCUGGGUUAGCAUUGCUACUGCUACUAGCUGCCAUAUCUCGAUUUAAUGUGUGGAGCCCACAGAUGUCUAUUAAAGUGUGUUCUGUGGUUGAAAAAGGUAUUUUAAUUACUGGAAACGUCCACAUAUAAGCUAUGCUACCAUCGUGGCAGUGACUUUCCUACCCGCCUGCUGCGUGCACAUCGUAGACUGAGAAAGGAAAAUUAAGUUGAAUUACUUCAGUGAGUAAUUAAACUAGGUUGAUGUGAGGCGCCAUGUUUAUUUGGACACUUCUGUAUUAUUUAGCACCAAGUCCAGUUAAUAAUAGUAACAUUUACCAUGUUGAUAGAAACAUUACACAGUAAAUGUUAGCGUGCUACUGCAGUCGAUUGCACUGUUAACAAGUUGGAAUAAGGAGGGUUUUGUUCCAACUCUGCUAAUCUCUGAAGCUCUGAUAAUAAUAAUAAGAUUUGGCCUCUGUUCUGUAGCAUUAAUCCACGAUACCGUACGUACGAGUUUCCCGCAAACGUUUCCCAACAUCCAUCCAACUUGGCCCCACGACUGGGAAACUUCAGUACAUCCGACUUUUAGCUGCAUUCAUGCAAUGUCAGGAAACCAACACUUACUCUGAGCUGCCAGCGUUCACAUGUUAUUUCAAGGUGGUUAGCCCUGAUGCUAACCCCCCCCCCCCGGCGGCUCUUAAUUGUGAUUUAAAUGACGCGAACGCAGCAUUAAAAAAACAGAAGUGCCUGAAGAAAAACAAACAUGGACAUCAGGUUCCUUUUGUUCGGCGUGAUUGAACUAAUAUUAAAUGAACAUGGUGUUUUCAGCUUUUACUCUCAACUCCGAUCAUUUGCGUCUUUCCCGUCUCGACCAUCCCAUGACAUGAACACGUCUCGUUUCAAACUGGCGGCUGGGACCACGCAGACGGGUUUGUGUAUUUGAACUGUGCGUUGCCUCACACAUUUUGUGCGUUUGAUUUCAGUAAGCUUCAGUAGUUGCAGGUUUGCCUGUUCUUUCUUAAAACCACAACUUAAAUAUCUUGGACUAACUCUGAGCAUCAGCUGUUCGGGCGAUCAGGAUUGUCUCAGGAUAACAAGCGUCUGAGCUUCCUGUUGGCUCCACGUCUGCAGAACCACCAACCACAUCCGGUGCCCGGAGUUAGAUUAGUCUUCAGUACAAGAAAGAAAUGAUAACCUGCUGCACCUUCAGAGAAACAGAUCUUUGCUGUGUUUUAGUUUUUCGUGUCUGAGUUGAGUCGAGGUGCCAAAUGUAGUGUUUGUCUCCAUCAGCAUCUUUUAUUUGCACUAUGAGGUUUAACCCUGAGCUCCUGUUUUUAGCAUUUCAAACAGUCAGGUUAGUUUUGAUGUGUAUUUUCGGCUUUUUCCUUGUCGGUACGAUAGAUUUCUCUGUGAACUCUCUUUAUUUAGAUGAACCUGUUUCUGCAGCUCUUCAGCUUCCUUUUAACUAAAACUGAAUAAAAUCUUCAGUUUUAAUUCAACCUGAGUGUUUUUUUAACAUGUUCUCAGAAGACGCCAUUCUGAUACCAGUUAACUUCAUUCUGUCUUACUUUGGUAGUUUUCCAUCAUUCCUGUAAUAAAACGUCACAAAUUCAA